UCACGAGCUCCGCGAGCGCGGGCUGGGGGGCGGGGUCUGCGCCGGGCUGGGGGUCGCGACCUUCGCGCUGGUCCGCUGGGCGCACAGCCAUGGCGCGGAGGUCGAGCUUUCGUCUGUUUCUUGUGCCGCUGCUGCUCGGCCCGGCCCUAGCGCGCAGCUACAGCUCUCUGCCCCUGGUCCUCAACACUUGGCCUUUUAAGGACGCAACCGAAGCAGCAUGGAGGACAUUAGCAUCUGGAGGUUCGACCCUGGAUGCAGUGGAGAAUGGCUGUGCCACAUGUGAGAGAGAGCAGUGUGAUGGCACUGUAGGCUUUGGAGGAAGCCCUGAUGAACUCGGAGAGACCACACUGGAUGCUAUGAUCAUGGAUGGCACUACUAUGGAUGUAGGAGCAGUAGGAGAUCUUAGACGGAUUAAAAAUGCUAUUGGUGUGGCACGGAAAGUACUGGAACAUACAACACACACACUUUUAGCAGGAGAGUCAGCCACCAAGUUUGCAGAAAGCAUGGGGUUUAUCAAUGAGGAUUUAUCUACUAAUGUUUCUCAAGCUCUUCAUUCAGAUUGGCUUGCUCGGAAUUGCCAGCCAAAUUAUUGGAGGAAUGUUAUACCAGAUGCCUCAAAAUACUGUGGACCCUACAAACCACCUAGUGUCUUAAAGCAGGAUGAUCCUACCUAUAAAGAAACAAGAGAUGACUGUGGUCAUGAUACAAUUGGCAUGGUUGUAAUCCAUAAGACUGGACGUACUGCUGCUGGUACAUCUACAAAUGGUUUAAAAUUCAAAAUACCUGGCCGUAUAGGAGACUCACCAGUUCCUGGAUCUGGGGCCUAUGCCAAUGAUGCGGCAGGGGCAGCUGUAGCCACUGGAGAUGGUGAUAUAUUGAUGCGCUUUCUACCGAGCUACCAAGCUGUAGAAUAUAUGAGAAGAGGAGAAGAUCCAACCAUAGCUUGCCAGAAAGUGAUUUCAAGAAUUCAGAAGUAUUAUCCCAAAUUCUUUGGGGCUGUUAUAUGUGCCAAUGUGACUGGAAGUUAUGGUGCUUCUUGCAAUAAACUUUCCACAUUUACUCAGUUUAGUUUCAUGGUUUAUAAUCCUCUAAAAAAUCAGCCAACUGAGGAAAAAGUGGACUGCAUCUAAUCCAUCUUUUCUGUCAACAUCUAUAUUUAAAGAAGAAAGAAACAAAGGCUGAAAAGGUUGCUCACGGUCAUUGUAUAGUGUUCCUCAAGUAUUCUCAAGUCUUUUUGUAAAAUAAACACAAAAAUAAACUUAUGCUAAAGUGGCACUUUAUAUAA